AUGGCCCUCCUUCUCACGCCCAAGGACCGGUACCCCUUCGAAGCCAAGGCACCGCAGGCAUGCGGCAGCUGCAAGAAAAUGAAGAGGAAAUGCGACAAGGCCCUUCCUGCAUGCGGCCUCUGCGCUCGCAUGGACCGCCGGUGCGACUACGCCGAGCCGCCGCCGCCGGAGCCGCAUCCCGCGCCGACCGCCCACGACUUCGCCGCCUUGCAGCUCAAGCUUCUCGAUCUCGAGAGCCGGUUGAACCAAGGGGGCAUCAACCCCGGCCCCUCGUCUGGCGUGCCUGCGGCGCUCGGCCCCUCUCAAGGUCAUGGACUUGAUCCUGGGUCCGUCUCAUCGUUGAGGUCUGGCAGCCGUGACAGCAGCAUGGAAGACACGCCGCCCUCCGCGUCGGCCUACACCUCUGUUGACCCACUCUGGGAACAGGCCCCUGUCGCGCAGUUCCCGCCCGAUGUGUUUCUGGACAUUCACACAUUUGAGUGGUUGAACCAAGCCCUCCCAAGACCCGUCAUUGACAUACCCGCCGAGGUCUUGGAGCUGAUCGGCGACGGCGCCGCGGUCCAACACACCGUCAAUGCCUAUUUUGCCACAACCCACACCUGGCUCCCCAUCAUCUCCAAGAAGCGCAUGCAAAUGGGCGUCACCCUGGCCCAGGGGGGUCCGGAUCUGGCCAUGCUGUUCCUCGCCAUGCAGCUCGCGACCGCCCGCCCAGAGCCCGGCGUCGCUCCGGCCCACCUCGCCGUCUACCGCGCCGCGAAGCGCUUCCUAUCACUGCUGGAGAACGGCGGCGCUACUUCCCUCAUGGUACUGCAGUCCAUGGUGCUGAUCGCCUAUUUCGAGUACGCCCACGGGGUCUACCCGGCCGCCUGGAUCACCAUCGCGUCCUGUGUGCGCUACGCUGACUUUCUCGGACUGCCGGGAUUCCACAAGGGGAACGUGUUGCUGAAGGCGCCGACAACGGUGACGGAGCUGGAGGAGCGGUCGAGGACGUGGUGGGCGAUCCUCGCCCUUGACCGCAUCAUCUGCCUUGGCAACCAGAAGCGUUACCUCUCGCCGGAGCCUCACGACACCGAAGCCUUUCCCAUAGGCGACGAGGACUGGGUAUUUCCCCUCUCCUUGCUACCCCACUCUCCUUCAGACGCACCUCUCAGAGAAGCCGAACUGACACGAUCCAGGAUGAAGGACGCGUCGGUCGCGCAGUCCAACACACAAUCGCAUCACCGCCCUCCCCAUCUCAAUCCCCCUUCUCUUCCCUUUGCCGCUGCGCACUCUUGGCCGGCGAGGUUGUAA